UGGGCCGCCUGCCGGCCGGCUCGGUUGGUCAGGCGUCAUUCGACCGGUGUCGGUGGCGCUGGUGGCACGUCUCCGCGGACGAUGACGCGCUGCUCGCUCGGAGCUCUGACGGCGCUGGCGGUCGCCGCUGGCCUGCUGGCCGCCGCCUCGGCAGAGGUCACCAUUACCGACAACGGCUACUCGGGACUGGUGGUGGGCAUCUCCAAGGAUGUUCCCGAGGACGACGGACCGCAGCUCAUCGAGGCCAUCAAGGCCAUGUUCCGAGAGGCGUCACCGGCUCUGUUCACUGCCACGGAGAAGCGGGCCUACUUCAAGAAGGUCACCAUUCUCAUUCCCAUGACGUGGACCAAUACCUCCAUCGACAGGAUGGCUAAUUCUGAAGUAUACGAGGAGUCGGAGGUGCGCGUGGCGCCGCCGAACCCGGCCUACGGCGACAACCCGUACACGCUGCAGCCGGGCGGCUGUGGCGAGCCGGGCGAGUACAUCCACGUGACGCCCGACUACCUGCGCUUCAUCAACGACACCAUGAAGCGACGCUUCGGACCGGCAGGCAAGGUGGUGACUCACGAGUGGGCCCACCUGCGCUACGGCGUGUUCGAAGAGUACGGCUACCCGGGCGACCCGGCGUACCCGCUCUUCUACUACAGCAUUCAGGAUAACGGCGAGCCGCUGCUGGUGCCCAACUUCUGCUCCAACACCACCCUCAAGGGACAGACUUACAACCGAAAGACCGGUGGAAGCGACUGCACGUUCGACGAUUCGACGGGCCUGCCGGACAGCGACUGCUGGUUCUACCCGUACGACGAUAACGACGCCGUGACGUCACUCAUGUCGUUCACCUACCUCGAAUCGGUGAGCCACUUCUGUGACAGCACCGAGGAGAAACAUCACCGUGCCGACGCGCCCAACAAGCACAACGUCCGCUGUAACCAGAGAUCCGUCUGGGAUGUGAUCGCCGACAACGACGACUUCGCCGGCGGCGCGAACCCGCCGGCCGACCUGACCCCGACCCAGAUCGAGCCCUCGUUCGAGGUGGUGCGUCAGACGGACGCUCGUUACGUCCUGGUGCUCGAUACAUCCGGCAGCAUGAGCGGCAGCAGGAUCGCCCAGCUCAACAACGCAGCAACCAAAUGGAUCAAGUACGAGCUCCAGAACGGUACCUGGGUAUCUAUCGUAACAUUUACUACCGUCGGAUACCUGCAAACUGAUUUCAUACAGAUCGAGGACGACGCUUCUCGAAACAGGCUGGCAAGUUAUGUGCCGAAAAGUGCAGGUGGAGGCACCUGCAUUUGCAACGGAUUGGACAAGGCCCUCAAGACUCUGCAAAAAGCCCUCGGUGGACCCGGUGGAAUCAUUAUUCUUAUGACGGACGGUGACGAGAAUACCGGUUGCGUCAACCCCAAUGCACCCGGUCACUCAUGGGACAUGACCGAUCUUUACGGACCGGUAGAGGAGGCCCAGGUCAUUGUGGUCACCAUGGCCUUUGGCACCAGCGCAGACACAAGGCUGGAGAAGUUUGCCGAAAUAAGCGGUGGGAGGACUUACUUCAUCGACGAUACAAAGGCGGCUCUGGACCUGGACCAGGCGUUCCAGGGCUGCCUCACCUACCAACCGGACAUCACCGUCGAAACCGAAAAGGACAUCGUGCUUUUCCAACAGCACAUUGGAGCCUCUGCUGUGAACUCUUUCUCCGGCAUGUUUUCAAUCGACCCGACCACUGGCCGUGACCUCAUCUUCAAAAUCGAGUAUUCCGACGCCUCAGCUCCAAGCAAGAUCUCUUCUGUCAUCUUACUGUCUCCAAGCGGAGCACAUGUCACAAAUAUCACCUACGUUUCCGGGGAGAACUUCGGAACCAUCGAAGUGCCAAUGGCUGAGGAAGGUGACUGGAGUUUUAACAUCACUUUCACGAGGGCUUCAGUAGACAUGGUCAUCACCACCACAUCAAAAGCACGGUCCCACGAUGUGCUGCCGCUGACAGUCGAGUGCUGGAUCGGCAGUACCGGCCAGGUAACGGUCGACAAAAACACCCGGCUCUCGGUGCUCGGGAAGGUGCGCCAGGGACAGAACGCCGUCCUCCAGGCCACUGUCAUGGCACAUGUCACGACUCCUGACUCAACCUCAGGAGUGGUCGAUAUGCAGCUGCUCGAUACUGGAGUGGGAGCCGACGCCAUCCGCGAUGACGGCAUCUACACCAAGUACUUUACUCAGUUCAACAAAAAGGGUCGGUACUCGGUGGUCUGCGAGGUACGAAACGACGGUAACGCAGUCAUCAACGAGGGCUUCAGCGCCUCUGGAGCCAUGCCGAACCCCAAGAACAGCGACAGCUCGUGGUGCUGUGGCAGCACGAGUCCCGUCGGCAACACCCGUCCCACCGGAAACUUCACGCGAACAAUCAGUGCCGGAGCGUUCCAGAUCAUGAAUGACCCUCAGAAGGGCAUCCUGCCGCCGGGUCAGGUCACUGAUCUGGUGCUGCAGCAGCGGUCCCGUUCCAAAAACACCGCCACUGUCCAGUGGACCGCUCCCGGCGCCGACCUGGACCAGGGAACCGCCACCGAGUACGAGUUCCGGUGGUCAAACGUGUCCAGCGACCUGUCGCCGUCCCAGUUCCUCACCAAGGGGGUGCUGGUGAACGCCACGCUGGUGCCGGCACCAGAGACCAGCGGCACCAUCCAGACGCUCACCAUCGACGUCCCCAAAGGACUGGAGGCCAGCAGCUUCUUCAUGGCCAUGCGCACUCGCGACGACCAGACCGACAACUGGAGCGCCGUCUCCAACACAGCCAUCCUCUACAUGGGGGCCGUGCCGGCGCCCCCCGACGACGGACUGUCGCCCGGAGCCAUCGCCGGCAUCGUCAUCGGCGUGCUGGUGGUCGUCGUCGCCGUCGUUCUGAUCGGCGUUUUCGUCAACAACCGUCGACGUACGAAGGUGGAUGGCGCGUGAUCGGCCUGCCAUCUGGCGGCCGGUUGACUUUACCUGCUUCCUGCUGUUGAUUAUUUUUAAUUGCUGACACUCGCUCGACUUACCCACUUGUUCACUGUUUCGUGGCUGGUUGACAAGAGAAAUUCGCUCAUACUUGUCAUAGUUCCUUAGUUGUUUCCUCUAUAUCAGUGGCACUGUAUUGUUGCAGAAAAAGACAAGGCAUGUAUCAACAUCGUAAUUUGUGACCGCAUUUGCAGAAUAGGUACCUAAUUGUAAUGAUUGAGUUAUGAAUGUUUUGAUGUUAGUGUUACUGCCUUAAUUUAUGCGAAAUGACUAGGAAGUUAGAUAAUCGUCGGAGGCUCAUGUCAACAGCGUGUAUUCUUCUUUCUGUGCUGACAUAAUCUUUAGGUAUUUUGAGGACCAUAACCAGAAUGUUAAUUCUUUUCACUUUUGAUGGACUGUAUGAAGCCUAUACCUUACUGCUAACUGCUAAGUGCCAAAUGUUAUCCAGAAUAUGAAAUGAAUAGGUAUAAGGCGUUUUACUGCAUGAAAUUAUAUAUAAAAAUCACAAUUUGUUAGGUAUGGAAAUGAUUGUUCGUAAGAUGCGAGAGAAUGUGUAAAUAGGGUAGACCGGGGCAAGUCGCCCCGCCGAGGUAAAACGACUCACCUAUGUUUCUCGGAACUGGCAAGGUUCUGGAGAAACAUCAUCUCUUCUAUAAAACGUGCACUAUAUAUAUGAUCAUUAUAUGAGCAGACUGGAAAAAAAUUGUGAUGACUCUUUAGAGAAAUAUACCCAAAAAUUUGUUUUUGGAGUGA